UUGCACAGUGAGGGCGGAAGCUGAGAUUUAUGCCCUUGGAGCACAUGCUUAUGUUCAGAAAUGGCAGAGGAACAGCAGAACCGGCUGCAAAAUGCAGUGGACUCCAUGGUGAAGAACUUGGAGAGAGAAAACAUCAGGAAGAUGCAGGGGAAGAUGUUCCGUUGUAGCGCUCAGUGUUGUGAAAAUGAUGUGGCUUCCAUGCAGCAGGUCCACAAUUGCAUUGAGCGCUGCCAUGCGCCACUGGCACAAGCACAGAGCUUGGUCACCAGCGAGCUGGAAAGGUUUCAGGACCGACUUGCCCGAUGCACCAUGCACUGCAAUGACAAAGCCAAAGACUCCUUUGAUUCUGGAUCCAAAGAAACACAGGUGAAAGCUCAGUUGGAGAGCUGUGUGAUCAGGUGCGCAGAAGAACACAUGAAUCUAAUCCCUAGCAUGACCAAGAAACUAAAGGAUGCCCUGGCGGAGGCUGACAAAAAGGCUCCUUAGAAAUCUGGAGGAGGUUUUUUGACGGGAAGACCAUCCGUCCUCCAUAGACAAAGAAGAUCCUGCCAGAGCACCCAUGAGUCUAGUUACAACUGAACAGUUUUAUUACAAUAACCAAACCUAACAUCAUCCCUCAAUGUUGGAUAAACUGCUGGGAAAAUGGAGUAAAGGUUAGCAUCCUGUUUGCUGUAAUCUGGCACCGCAUUUAAAAUGAAUGUUAUCGGCUGUGAUAGAAAAGAAAUUCUAAUUUGUCUCAAAAUAAUUGGAACUGGAAUCUGAUCCACAUCCGAGGGUUUUACUUUUUAAAAUUAAGCCGUGAUAAUUCGUGAAGGAGCCUUAUGUAGUGGCAUGGCGAUGUUCUGUUGGCCUAUUAAAACAGGGCUCUAGUCUGAUUGCCUGUGAAAACGGCGCUGGUGCAAGUGAAAAAGAAAUGUUUCAUCUACGAACGUAACCGAGCUCUGCAGUUACAAAAAUAAUAAACUGUUCUGCUUUAUAA